CUCGGGGCGGCGAAAUCCCCCGUGGCCGUGUCCUGCGCGCCGCCCGCCUCCUGCCGCCGUCAGUGUGUCCGCACGCGGGUGCGGGAGCGGAGCGGCGCUGCCUCCCCGCCGCCUCUGCCCCGCCGCCGGGCUCGGGCCGCUUCUCUUCCCGGGCUUCCCCGCUCUCCCUGCCCGCCGCAGUUUAGUUGUUCUCUUCUGUUUUUUUCUUUUUUUUUUUUUUUUUUUUUUCUUUUUCUCCUCCAACCGGGAAUGCUCAAACUGGACUGAUGGACAUUUCCGAGCUGUGCAUCUCCGACCCGCUCGGCUACCACAACCAGCUGCUCGGCAGAAUGGCCACAGAGGAGCGGCACCUCUCCUCCAGCUGUGGGUCCUUCAUCAAGACCGAGCCCUCCAGCCCUUCUUCUGGCAUCGACGCCAUCAGCCACCACAGCCCAAGCGGCUCCUCCGACGCCAGCGGUGGUUACGGCAUCGCCAUGGGUGGCCACCCCAAUGGCCUGGACUCGCCACCCAUGUUCAACGGCACGGGGAUUGGCGGUGGGUCCUGCCGAAAGCGUUACGACGACUGCGCCAGCGCCAUCAUGGAGGACUCGCCCACCAAGUGCGAGUAUAUGCUUAAUGCAAUCCCCAAGCGGCUGUGCCUGGUGUGCGGGGACAUUGCUUCUGGAUACCACUACGGCGUGGCUUCCUGUGAGGCGUGCAAAGCCUUCUUCAAGAGGACAAUUCAAGGGAAUAUUGAAUACAGCUGCCCGGCUACCAAUGAAUGUGAGAUCACGAAACGGAGGCGCAAGUCCUGUCAGGCCUGUCGCUUCAUGAAAUGCCUCAAAGUGGGGAUGCUAAAAGAAGGUGUUCGUCUGGAUCGAGUCCGUGGAGGCCGACAGAAAUACAAAAGGAGACUGGAUUCUGAGAGUAGCACUUACCUGAGCUUACAGAUCCCUCCACCAGCUAAAAAGCCACUGACUAAGAUCGUCUCUCACUUGCUGGUGGCUGAGCCAGAGAAGAUUUAUGCCAUGCCUGAUCCAACCAUGCCGGAGAGUGACAUCAAAGCCCUGACAACCCUCUGUGACCUGGCAGACAGGGAACUAGUGGUGAUCAUUGGCUGGGCAAAGCACAUCCCAGGGUUCUCCAACCUCUCCCUUGGGGACCAGAUGAGCCUCCUGCAGAGUGCCUGGAUGGAAAUCCUCAUCCUAGGCAUUGUGUACCGCUCCCUGCCAUAUGAGGACAAGCUCGUCUAUGCUGAGGACUACAUCAUGGAUGAAGAGCACUCUCGUCUGACAGGGCUGCUGGAGCUCUACCUGGCCAUCCUACAACUGGUGCGCCGUUAUAAGAAGCUCAAGGUGGAAAAGGAGGAGUUUGUCACGCUCAAAGCUCUGGCCCUUGCCAACUCAGACUCCAUGCACAUAGAGGACAUGGAUGCAGUGCAGAAACUCCAGGACCUUCUCCACGAAGCCCUGCAGGACUACGAGCUGAGUCAGCGCAACGAGGAGCCCCGGCGAGCAGGCAAGCUGCUCCUGACCUUGCCCCUCCUGCGGCAGACGGCCGCCAAAGCUGUGCAGCACUUCUACAGCAUCAAACUGCAGGGCAAGGACCUUCUUUCUCCAUUACAGCUGCAUAACCUUGGAGUCCAUCUAGAUAUCCCCCACUGCUUGAAGAUAGUAUGCCUGGAAAUGUUUGUAUUGCUUCUGAAAUAGGAUGGGAACUGAACCAGACAGUAAUUAACAUAUAUUAAUCUCUUUAAGCAAGGAAUGCAAACUCUUCCCCAGGAACUGGGACAGAAACACCUGUCUAGAUUUAACCCUUAAAAGGCUUGUGCCAUCAGAUUGGGAACCAGGUCAGGUCUCUUGGGCCCUUCAUACCAGUGCAGGAAUCACAUGCAUCUCUUCCCAGUUAUUCUGAUCUGCUGUGCAUCACUAAUACUAUCAUGCUGCCACAACCAAAAAGCAUGUUCAGCUACGCAGUGAGCUGGAUGUGCAGAGAAGGGUAACAUCUUAAUGUAGUCUUCUCAGGGCACUUUGAAGUAGGAAAUGAGGCUUCAGCAACUGCUUAGGUCUCUGAAUGCUCACAGUCUCUUACAAAAAGGUCUGGGGAUGUGGAAGCUGAGACAUGAACUAGGAAAUUGGUUCCAGGUCAGUGCUCUUUAUGCCGUUCAUUUGAUAGGAGCCACAGAGUCAGAGCCAUACUGCUGUCCUUUUACAUGGGGCAACAGAUGAUGGAGCUUGAGCCUUGGGACACAAAUGGGCUCUAUGACUUAAAGAAAAGCAAAGCAAAGCAGUAGAGGUAAGUGUGUCAGUGACAGUGAAUAAGCAUGAAGCCUACGUCCAGCAGCGAUGGUAAAAGCAGCUCCAGCCCCUGAUUUGCAUGUGUGGAUAACAGAAACCACAUACCCGUCAGCUACUACAAAAGGCAAUUCUUCCCAGGUGACCAGCUCUUUUGUUUUGGGCACAUUCUUCUCUGGGAACAGCGGUGUCUGGCCUGUAAUGCAAAACAAAUUUCAUGGGGAUCAAUUAAAAGAAAAGGUAAAAUACCACACAGAAUUAGGUUUCUGGGGAAACUUGGGCAUUACACCUGGCAGCAAAACCGUGAAGCUACAAGAAACACACCCACAACAAUCGGAACCUUGCAGUAUUGCUCAUGCUAAGGGGGCAUUAUUUUUCUCUUUGUAAGCUAAGUCAUCUUUUUUUUUUUAAUUACUACAAGUAUAUAAAAUAAAACAUGCUGCACCAGAAACAUGUAAGCAGCUAUUAGAGGGGAAAGUCAUUGAGGAAGACCCUAGAAUGUACCUUGUUCAGCUUUUAUUACCAAUUGGAGCUGAGAAAAAGAGCUUCCACUUUGUUUCCACAAGCUAUAGUCAAUCAUAUGGCCAAAGGCCACCGUGUUCUUGUGGCUGGGUUAUGUGGAGGAGCCAGACAGAGGCUGUGAGAAUGAUGCAGGGAGUUAUAGACAGUGAAAUAAACCGUAUCUACUUAACUAUUAUCUGCUCCUAAAAAAAAAAAAAAAAAAAAAAAAAAAAGAAAAAUAAAAAACCUGUUAAAUAAAUUGUAUUCUUGUGGUACAGGUCAUUUCAAAGAAAACAAGAAAUAAAACACAGAAAUGUAAAAACUAACUCAGACAGAGUAAUGUUUAUUGUGUUUAGGAGCUGCUUGUUCUGUCCCUCAGGAUGCACACAUCCCCACAGAAGAGCCUGGGGGGGGGAAACAUGAUUUGUGCAUGUUGCACAAGGGGCAGAGAGCCCCAGCCCUCUCACUAAGAAACGCUCAUUUGGUGUUUUCCCAUAUUCAGAAAAAAAAGUGUCAGCAAGCUUCUGAGUAUUUGUGAGAUCAGCUUUGCUCAGUAUUUGCUAGACUGGCUGUCAGUCUCUGUCACGGACCGGUCUGCUUCUUCCACUCACCCAUUUCCUCCCCACAUUCUGCAAUUCGCUGGUGCAGGGCAUAAACAUGAGCUAGCGACGAAAAAGCCUUGAAGCUGUUCCAGUGAAAAACAAAAUCCCUAAUCAUAAAAUAGGCCACUGGCUUAAACCCAACAGUGAUAUCAUGAGUGUUGCAAACAUCACUGCAGCUGUCCAGUGCUUAUAAAGUGGGUACAAGUGCUGAAGUCACGGCAUUUGCAUUGAUCUGGUGGUCAGGUGGUGCAGGAGGGCAAGUUCACAUCUCCUUGAGAAAGCAGAAGGAAACACACUGUGGUAAACAGGGCAGAGAUGUGAGAAACAAGGACCCCAGGUUUUUAUUCUCCCUCUGACAACUGAGCACAGGCAGCACCACAGCCUGUGUAAGUGCCACCAUCUCCACACGCCUCGCUUUUAGCCAACACUGCCAGGGUCCUUCUUCCAGAAUUCACUGGGAUGAUGCGUCUAAACCAGGCAACCAAAAUGCCUCUCAGCCUGCCCUCGAGAGGAGGAGGGGGUGGCUGAAUUAGUGGUGGCCAGUAGGAAGGUCGUGGGCUUGGAUGAAAAAGCAAGAUGAGCACAGAGCUGGAGACGGAGGUGAAACAUUACAAGGUUUUUCUUAGAACAGCUACCCCCAGCGCCACAGUCACCUUCACUCUGACCGUGACAAUCUUUGAACCAACAAGUCCUUUUCUAAGCUCACACAGGCACCUCACAGCCUCCCCCAGAGCCCAGCUGCAGCGAGUGUUUAGGCCCUCUCAGUGUUGUAUCUGUUCACAGCAGGUUUGGAUUUGGCCACCGCAGU